AUGGCCCUCAACAGGCCAACGGUCUUGCUAGCGCAAUCCUGAUAUAUAUUCCCGUCUCAACCCCUGCCCUAGAGUCUGUCAAUCCCUAUUAGAACCAUUGUCCCGUUGAUUCUUCUUGGAUGUUGACAUGAUGGACCCCUCAGAAGCACCCAUCUUUCCUGUCCUCAAAGGCAAGGUCGCCCUCAUCACGGGUGCCGCCCAGGGCAUGGGCAAAACCACUGCCUCGGUGUUUCUGCGGGCUGGAGCCAAGGUGAUGAUUGCCGACAUUAAUCCCAACGGUGUACAGGUCGCCAAAGAGUUCUCUAAUCUGGGGGAAAUUCGGUUCAUGUUGGCCAAUAUUUCCAAGUCGGAAGACGUACAGAAACUUAUUGCAGAGACUGUGCAGGUGUUUGGAAGAUUAGAUGUGGCGAUUAACAACGCUGCCAUGUCACCCGAUAACACGACCCUCUUAGAGUUCGAUGAGGACUACUGGCGGAAAUUGAUAGACAUUAAUUUGACUGGAACGGCGCUGUGCUGCAAAUACGAGAUGCAGCAGAUGAAGAGACAGGGGCCAGAAUCCAGGGGGUCUAUUGUUAAUAUUGCGUCGAUUAAUGCCUUCGAUCCGCAGCCGAAUAUGCCGGCCUACACAGCGGCCAAGCAUGCCAUCCUCGGAUUGACGAAGCAUGCAGCAAAUGAGGGCGGCCCCUCAGGCAUCCGCGUCAACACAAUUGCCCCAGGGCCUAUCUAUAGUGAAAUGUCCGCCAGAGCGUUGGAGAUCAUGGGUACAACACAAGAGGAGUUCGCAGGCAAGGUGAGCGUCUUGGAGCGAUUUGGACAGCCUCAUGAGGUGGCACAUGGGUCGCUUUGGCUGGCGUCAGAUAAUUCGUCAUACGUCACCGGAGUUUGCUUGCCUAUUGACGGAGGGGCUCUCAUCAAGUGGUAGAUAGUUGUUAUUAGGGGUAAAUCAUUUAUUGGAGUGCCUCGCCGGAGUGGCGAGAUGUGGGUCAUGUACGUACACAAGUAUAUGAAUAAUGGCGAUUGCAUGGUUUUCGGGCCCAGGAUUUUUAUCUAAAUUAGUUGAUGUCCUUUCCCGCUUUUCUGUUCACGAUGGAGA